AUGCUAUGCAAAAAUCUAAGAACCCAAUAUCACAUCAAAGACCUCUCCUUAAUCAUCUCCUUUCUCUUCUUCCUCUACCUCCUCCUCCACCUCCACCUCCACCUCCCCUCCUCCACUCUCCCAUCAUUCCACACCAACACCACCUUAAGCAGUAACUCCAGCAACACAACUACCACUCCAACUACCCUUCGCCACAUUCUCUUCUCCAUCGCCUCCUCCUCCGACACCUUCCCCAAACGCAAUGACUACAUUCGCCUCUGGUACAAACACAACUCCACAAGAGCCUACCUCUUCCUAGACCGCCCGACACCCAUCUCCUCCCUUUCCACCACCACCACCCUCCCUCCAACCCUCAUCUACGGCAACACCUCAAAAUUUCCCUACAACUUCCAAUGGGGCCAUCGUUACGCUAUUCGCAUUGCGCGAAUCGUAAAACAAGCCGUCGAACAGAACGACUCUGCCAUCCGAUGGUUCGUCUUCGGCGAUGAUGACACGGUGUUUUUCACGGUGAAUUUGAUUCAGACGCUGGCGAAGUACGACCAUGAUAGGUGGUUUUAUGUGGGGGCUAACUCGGAGCGUUAUGAGCUGAAUGAGUAUUUCUCGUUUGAGAUGGGGUUUGGUGGUGCAGGGUUCGCCAUCAGCCAUUCUUUGGCUAGGGUUUUAGCUAGGGUUUUGGAUUCGUGUCUCAUGAGGUACCCACAUUUGUAUGGGAGUGAUGCUAGGGUUUUCUCCUGCUUGGCAGAGCUUGGUGUUGAGUUAACACAUGAAUCUGGUUUUCAUCAGGUAAAGUGA